CUGCACCUAACUCUGCAUCCUAGGCAAUCAUGCUGCACCUGAAACUCUUUUAAACCUUCAUCACUACAUAGCCUAGGAGUCUGCCAACACGAACUUGAGAGAAGGAUUAUGCAAACAUCCACUCUCCCUAUGCACAGUCCGCAGAUAGAAAGUUACAGAUUCUCCCAGGACUCCAGUCACUUCCUCAGAAGCUUCGUCUCCUCCUGAGGAUUCUGCAAGACCUAGAAGAGGACAGAAGAAAUCUUCAAGGACCAGAUACAUGAUAUCAUCACUGUGGUUGAAUCCUCUAUCAGAACUCCUAGUCCAGCUCCCCAAAGAAACUGCUGUGGGCAUAGGAGAACGUUUAAAAUGCCUCUUAGGCUCCUGAGCAAGGUCUCACCCAGAGGCAGAACCAAAGGAUGAAGAUGAAGAGGGGGCACAGACUGGUCAUCCCAGAAAUCCGACCCAUGUUGCCCCGUGUCCUGGGGGACCCAUGUUGCACCAUGUUCUGGGGGACCCUCUGGGGGAAGAGCCCAAUGAGGCAACCUUGGUGCCAGGACCCCUUCCAGGACUUCAUGUCCCCACUGACAUUCUGGGGAAAGAGCUCAAUGAGGAAACUUCAAUGCUAGGAUCCCUUCCAGAACCUCGUGUCCCCACAGAUAUUCUGGAGGAAGAGCUCAAUGAGGAAACGUCGGUGCCAGGAUCCCUUCCAGAACCUCAUGUCCCUACUGAUAUUCUGGAGCAAGAGCUCAAUGAGGAAAUGUUGGCGCCAAGAUCCCUUCCAGGACCUUGCAUCACCAAUGACAUUCUGGGGGAAGAGCCCAAUGAAGCAACCUUGGUGCCAGGACUCCUUCCAGGACUUCGUGUACCCACUGACAUUCUGGGGAAAGAGCUCAAUGAAGCAACCUCAGUGCCAGGAUCCCUUUCAGGACCUCACAUCACCAAUGACAUUCUGGGGGAAGAGAUCAAUGAGGAAACCUCAGUGCCAGGUCCUUCCAUCUCCACUGGCACUCCAAAAGAAGCAGCUUUUGUGUCAGAGCCCUUACCAGAACCUUCCACUGCUGACAAUUAUCUUGAGCAAGUAGUAGAAAUCCUCACAGGAUUACAGCAUGACUACGUCCAGCAGCAAAUGAGGGUUCGCCGCAUUUCCCAGCAGUUCCCUCGUUCUCUCCGGGCCAUCAACCUGCAAAUUGGACACACACGGACAAGGCUCAUCCGCAGUGAAGUUCAGCUGCAACGGUGGGGAAAGGAAGGUGACCAAGCUCGGAUGCCUGUAAUUCAGACAGCUUCUCAUGAUGUUCCUGAAGGCCCUGCUGCAUGUCUCCGCCCCCCUGGGUCCAGUUCAUUAUUAUCUUCUGCCUCACUGGAAGUUGGCUCCAUCCCACCCUCCACCUCCACCUCUUCUUUCCUCCUGCAUCCCUCUCCCCCUCCUCCUCCCCCACCUCCUUUAGAGCCGGACCUCAGCAAUGUAGAAGAAACUCUGCAGAGUUUGAUGGAUUUGCAGUUCCAUCAGCUGAAUGACCGCCAAAGAGACCUCCGCAGCUGCCAGGAAUGUUUGCAAAACCUCAAGGCACUGAGGGGACAGCUCCGGAGACUGCGGAGCAGACUGGCAAGGGUGGAAGCCACUAUGGGGAUCCUGGUUCCUCCAAGGGAGCUGGAUAUUGAUGAGGAAAAAGAGAAAGAUAAAAACCAGACAGUGCUUCAUACAUAGGUAGCAACAAAAUGCUGCAUAUUUAUUUUAAAAAUAUUAAACAUUUGUUUUAAUAGGAUAGGAUGUAGAGAUAAAACAGCAAUAGAACAUGCAUAUUUACUGCUUAAAAAUUAAAAAGUUGAUUUUAAAGAAAAUAAAGUUGUCUUACUUUGAAUAUUCUUUGGGCAGAGUUGGGUAAAAAUGUCUUUGGGUCAAACCCAGCCACAGAAAAGGCUCU